GAUAAGCUAAUGAAGAAAUGGGAGAAGAGGCUGAUCAGGAUCGACCACGUGCUGGAUGACGCAGAGGACAAGCAACUGACCGGCGAUCCCAGAGUAAAGUCAUGGCUUGAAGAUCUCAGGAACUUGGCCUACGACAUCGACGACUUGCUUGAUGAGUUCGCCACAAAACUUGUGGAGAACGAGUCCAGGGUAGAACCCGGUUGUAGCAAGGCGCGAUCCAUUCUUCCAAGUUGUUGCUUCAGAUUGAGCCCGUGUGUAUUUAUGUUCGACUGCAAAAUGAGAUCCAAGAUAGAAGAGAUUAAUCAAAGAUUACAGGAGAUCAUAACUUUGAAAGAUGAUCUAAGCCUGAGAGAGAAUAAUGGGCAGCGAUCAGCAUACAGCCGACUGGAUAGGCGGCCUCCCACUACGGAUGGGACCGAGCUUUGUUUCAUUAGUAGGGAGGAUGAAAAAAGGCAAAUCCUCGAAUGGCUGACCCGAAUAGAGGACGAUAGAACAUGUGUGGAUCUAGAAGUGAUUGCCAUCGUAGGGAUGGGGGGUGUUGGGAAGACGGCUCUAGCUCAGCAAGUCUACCAUGAUGAUAGUCUCACCUAUAAUGAGAAAGCAUGGGCCUGCGUUUCCGAUAAUUUCGACGUACUUUCUAUUACAAAGAGUAUCCUGGAGAUGACCAACCGCCAUUUGUCCUGUGAAGGUAAAACCCUGAAUUGGCUUCAAGAUGAGCUCAAGAAAAACCUUUCGGGGAAGAAGUUUCUUGUUGUAUUAGACGAUAUUUGGAAUGAGAAUUAUGACAACUGGACAACCCUCUUGAAGCCUUUUCAAUCCGGAGAGAAGGGAAGCAAGAUCAUUAUCACGACUCGUCACCUCGACAUUGCUUUAAUGGCCCAUGCUCGACCGAUAACUCUCGAAGUGCUAUCACCAGAUGCUUGUAUGACUUUGUUUGCAUUUCAUGCUCUUGGAGUCCUAAAUUUCGAUGGUCGUACCGAUCUUGAAGUAUUAGGCUGGAAAAUAGUAGAAAAAUGCAAAGGUUUGCCAUUAGCCGUGAAGGCAUUGGCCGGGCUGCUACGCACUAAAGUCAGUCGCCGUGAAUGGGAAGCUGUAAUGAACAGCAAGAUUUGGGAUCUACCGGAAGAAAGAAUUAACAUCCUUCCGGCUUUAAAACUUAGCUACCUCCAUCUCCCUUCCUAUUUGAGAAGAUGUUUCGCUUAUUGUGCUAUAUUUCCCCAAGACUAUGAAAUCCAACGAGAUGAGUUGAUUCGCUGGUGGAUUGCAGAGGGCUUGGUGGAGGGAAAAGAAGGAAAGGACCGUUGGAAUGCAGGUUUGAAUUAUUUCAACGAGCUAGUGUCUAGAUCGUUAUUUCAAAAGUCGAGUAGCAGUGAAUUAAUAUUCUUGAUGCAUGAUCUUGUGAAUGACCUAGCAAAGCUAGUGGCAGGUCCAACCCAUUUUAGCUCAGGGGAGAUUGAGUUUGAGCAUGAUCAAAAUAAUGCAUAUUUAGCUCGUCACGCCUCAUUCAUUUCCAGUGGUCACAUUGUGCCAGAAAAAUUUAAGAUAUAUCAUGGAAUGAAGGGACUUAGGAGUUUCAUAUCGUUAAGCAAGCAAUCUAGCCCUUAUUCCUAUUUGUCCCAGAAAGUGAUAUGUGACUUGUUGCAAGCAUUGAAGUACUUGAGAGUGAUUUCAUUAAGUCACUACUGCAUCGGAGAGUUACCGGAUUGCAUUGGCAAACUGAGGCACCUAAGACAUCUUAAUCUGUCGUAUACUAAUAUUGAAAUGCUUCCAAAGUCAAUUGUUGCAUUGCACAACCUAGAGGCUUUGAUGCUGCGGGGCUGUGACGAGCUUAUCAAAUUACCUGAAGAUAUAGAGAAACUGAUCAAUCUAAGAUAUCUCGACAUUACCGACACUCGGAGCCUAAUAGGGAUGCCACUGAAUAUAGGUAAUUUGGUAGGUCUUGAGAUGUUGUCGAAGUUUGUAGUGGGAACGGAAAAUGGCUCAAGGUUGAAGGAGUUAAAAAAUCUGGAGAACAUUGGAGGGGAAUUAUGCAUCUUUGAUUUGCAUAUGGUUCAAGAAGCCAGAGAUGCCACGGACGCCAAUUUAUACACGAAGAAGGGAAUAUGCCGAUUAACCAUGCAAUGGUGUCUAGAUUUUGAGAAUUUCCGGGAUGAAGAGCUUGAAGCAAAGGUCCUCGACUUUCUUCGCCCUAACCAAAACCUUGAAAUUCUCAAAAUAUUUUUCUACGGUGGCCUAGAAUUCCCGUCAUGGUUAGGAAGCCCCUUAUAUGUUAACAUAGUGCAUUUACGUUUACAUGGGUGUCGUAGGGCCAAAGCAUUACCAUCACUUGGGCAACUAUCUUCGCUGAAAGAACUGUACAUCGAAGGUUUAAAUGCAAUAUGCAAGGUAGGAUCUGAAUUUUAUGGAACUAGAAGUCCUUUUAUGUCCUUGAUUACUCUAGAAUUCAAGGACAUGACAUUGUGGGAGGACUGGUCUCACUGGGUCGGCACUGAAGAAGCAGGAGUCUUGUUCCCUCGUCUUGAGCAUCUCGUCAUUCGGGAUUGCCCUAUGUUGAUCGGAAGAUUGCCUAGUCAACCAAGCUCCCUCAUAGAGCUUGAAAUCAGCUCUUGCCCUCGUAUGGAUGCCUUGCCCUCUAUCACGAGCCUUCCAUCUCUGAAGAAAUUAAAGUUUGGAGGUUGUAAUGAGGGGCUGCUGAAGAGUUUGGUGAAUCUGACAUCUCUAACCACUCUUGUUAUAGAAGAUGUUGCUAACCUAACUAGCUUAAGUCAUGGGUUUACAAGCUCCUUGAUCAAACUGGAGAAGUUGGAGAUGGGAAGUUGUGAAAAGCUAAUGUACUUGUGGCAAGAUAGAGAUGUAAUUGGGAAUCUCGCUUGCCUAAAGAGUUUAAUCGUCAAAAGUUGUCCUGAAUUCAUAUACUUUGCGACUGGAGAAGGAGAUAUAGAGCUGCCCAGCACCCUCGAGAUUAUCAAAUUGACAAAUUGCGCCAAUUUAGAGAAGCUCCCAAGCAAAAUGCACACCCUCUCCUCUCUUAUAAACUUGACGGUCGAUAAUUGUCCAAAACUCGUAUCCUUCCCCGAAACAGGUAUACCGACAUCGGUGAUAUCAUUAAAUGUCAAAGGCUGCAAAAUGUUGCAAUCUUUACCCAGAGGAUUAAGUAUUCAUCCGGAUGAACCAAGCAGUGGCAACAGCAGCAGUAGGAAUAACCGCAUUGACAUGAUGUCUUGUCUGCAAAAAUUAACAAUCGGCGAAUGCGAUUCUCUGCCAGCCUCUAUGUUCAGCGAGGGUAGAUUUUUAACUGCGACCAUCAAGACGCUUGAAAUUAUGUCCUGCAAUGGAGUGGAGUCGCUCACGGAUAUAAAUGUAGAUUGUCUUCGGUCGCUUCAAAGGAUGGGCAUUUGGGGUUGCCAUAAUUUGAGAAGUUUACCUCCGUGCAUGCAUACACUGUCCCAUCUCACUUUCUUAGUAUUGUACGACUGUCUUGCACUAGACCUGGAGUGCUUCCCUCCUCUUCCUCCAAGUAUCUCGAGAUUUUCUCUUAAUAAGUGUCCGAAGAUAAAAUCGUUACCUAAUCAGUUGCAUCGACUUCCAUAUCUCCGUGAACUAGCAAUUUCAGAGUGCGAGAGUAUUACGCGCUUCCCCGAUGGAGGAUUGCCGCCCCAGCUACAGAGUCUUAAUGCAGAGAAAUGCUGGAAUAUGAAGCAGCCGGUGAGAGAGUGGCUUACGUCCCUCACCUCCCUUGAAAAGCUGGAGAUCGACGGCAGCAUUGGAGGAGUGGGAGAGGAGGAGGAUCUUCGGCUUCCGCUCCCUUCCUCUCUGCUCCAUUUCGAAAUCCUAGGUAUGCAGAACGUGAAAAGACUGUCCAGCAGUCUCCCUCCCUCUCUCAAGAGAUUACGGAUCGAAAAAUGCCCGAAGCUGAGAAAGUUGCCCCAAGAUGGCCUCCCUCCCUCACUAGAACAAUUAUUGAUCAGUAGAUGUGGGAUUCUAGAGGAGCGAUGCAGGAAACCCACUGGCUGCUAUUGGCCCCUCAUCCGAGAAAUCCCGUGUGUUUCAUUGCUCGAUUACAUGAACUGGUCAUUUACUUAAAAAGACGAUUCGGACUCGAAUGCUAUGUAUGCGGGGAAGAGAUAGGGGGGUUUUAAUAUUAUCUGAGCUUUGGCCUUUGGCUUUAUUGGAAAAGGGGGUUCCGUAUUUUAAUUAUUAUUUUAGAAGAUUUUAGUAGUAGUAAGCUUGAAGAAGAAGCAGCUGCUUUUGGGCGUAACCAUCUCCAUCCCAAUCACCGCCUCUCUCCGCUUCUUCUUGGGUUCUCCUCCUCUCGAUCUCGCGAAGAUUUCGAUGGCCCUUCGGGGUAAAAACCAGAUUACACUGGAAUUCCCAUUGGUGAAGUUUGGUCGGUACCCUUUCCUUUGCCAUCGCCGCCUCACCGGUAUUUAAGUCUUAGGAGGAGAAGAUGCUGAAGGGGUUGACCCUGGACGUGAGAUUGCUCCUCAUUGUAGAGACGAAGAAGAAGGGUACAUGCCACUGCAGCCUAGCUUUCUUGUUAAGAUCUCGGCUUUCGUGGAAGCUUUUCCGUGAUCAGUUGGUUCUCGAAUUACUCGCGGGGAUCGAGGUAUGUACGUGUUCUGUUAUCCUGUUCAAUAAGAGUCUUGUUUUUCCCCGUGAUGUUCGAUCGGCUAGAUGAAUCUAAAAUCUAGACAUGAUUUAUGUGAUGAAUAAAUAGCAAAGACGAGUUUGAAAAUGUUUGAAAGUUGGGUCUCAUUGAAAAAGGGUAGCUCAGAAGUCAGAACUUCAGGAUGGAUAGAGCAAGUUCAUGUCAUGUUAAUGGCAGUUAAGAUACAACAUCGAGAUCUAUGGGGGAAACAGAUUUAUUGCACCUCAACCCUUCCAUUCCAGCAUUUUACUCACCAUCCAAGACUGAGGAAUGGUUUAGUCGCUUUGAGUGCAGACACAAAUGAAGGCAUUUUGCAUCCUGGAUAGCACUCAAUGAAAUCUUUGCCCAUUGUUCAUUUUGAUAAGUAUUCGUAUUCUGCUUCAUGGAAUCAAAGAUGCAUAGCCCUGGAGUUGCUGCCUUUCUUGUUAACAUCUCCACUUUGGUGAAAGCUUUUCCAUGAUUUUUUGUUGGUUCUCGAAUUACUGGCAGGGAUAGAGCAUUCACCAGAAGUGGAAGGAACUCGGUAUUAACUUUCUGUCUGCAUUUACAGAUACAACAUCGAGAUCUAUGGGGGGAAACAGAUUUAUUGCACCUCAACCCUUCCAUUCCAGCAUUUUACUCACCAUCCAAGACUACGGAAUGGUUUAGUCGCUUUGAGUGCAGACACAAAUGAAGGCGUUUUGCGUCCUGGAUAGCACUCAAUGAAAUCUUUGCCCAUUGUUCAUUUUGAUAAGUAUUCGUAGUCUGCUUCAUGGAAUCAAAGAUGCAUAGCCCUGGAGUUGCUGGUUGGCAAAGUUUAAAGGGCCAAAGUAUCUGCUGUAAUUUGUAACUCUCAUUGGAAGUGGUCCGCUGCUAGGUCUGAAGAGUCGAUUCCCUUCCAAGCUGCAGUUUGUGGUGUGAUUUUCCCAGUUCCUCAGCUGCAGACAAAGUAGUAUGAACAGCUUCUUCAAAUGGUUGCCUUAACUCUUUUGUUGCUUGGGAAAUUGUCAGAAACAAGAGUGCCAAUGUUGACUGGCACAAACUUGUGUGGUCCUCCCCUAAUGUGCCAAGAUCUGGCUUUAUUUCUUGUUUAGUCAUAUGCGUGAUAAACUCCCCACCUUUGAGAGGAUUAACAGUUCUUCUGUUGGGAGAACAAGAUCUCUCUACUUGUUCUGUAAUCUAAGCAUUGAAUCUCGCUCUCAUAUAAUUUUGGAGUGGAGUUUCUCUAAUGAAGAACAGAGGAAGGUCUUAAUUCUGUCAAA